GCCAUGAGCAACAGGCCUAGCGAGAGCGAGCUCGCAUCCCAGAAAAGCGAAAAGAUCCCACGUGUCGGAAUCAAUCGCAUAACAAGCGAGGACGCCUUUCAAUCGGUCAUGGAAGUUUCCCGAAACUUUCCCUUUUAUGAGAGCAGCAUGUUUGACGCAAGUUCUGUCUUCGCCGACCGAGUUCGAAAAACAUAUGAUACUGCUGGUCUGAAGUUCCUUGUGGAGUUCCUUAGCGAGACCAUAGCUAUGUUCGACAAAAUCGUUCUCCGUCCAUACGCUCGGGACGAGCCCAAGUACCUCCUCCUCUACGCAAUCCUGUCCAAACUGGCACUGCUAAAUUCAGACCCAGGAUCACUGGUUAUCUUGCCAGCCGGCACUGAUGAUCCAUUUGCCGACGAGUCUGCACAUCUGGCCGCUGAUCUGUUUGAAGAGACCUCAUCCGAUGAAGAAGAACAGCGGUGUGAGGACGAAUACAGGAAAUCUGCGCCGUACGGUCGUCCGCAGCUUGUUGUCCUCCGUGCACCCCCGGAAAUGAGGGCAUCACGGAAUGUCAAUCUGGAGACAGCCAUGGAGAAAGGCUACAAGGCAGUGAUGCUGGUGGAGCAGGUGAAUUGCUUGUUCUUUGGAUAUGACAUAUGGCAGCCCAUGGCAACAGCUAUAGAGCUGGCGAUCCAGAAUGGCAAGCAAGAUCCGGUGACGGUGUUGCUCGCAAAUGUUACAAGGGAGUGGUAUUUCGCCUCUGUGCAGCUGGUUGGAGAGAUCAGCGAACAAGGACUUCCCCGGCCCACUCGAAACGAGUUCUGGGCAUGUGGUUACCGGUUCCGCCUCUUUGCUUGCAAAUACUUCCUCUGUGACCUCCUGUCUCCCUACACUGGUGGGAGUCCAUUGCCUCCGGUUUUCGCCCGCAUACACAACGUGCUGUACCCUGGUGUAGACAUUUCCCAGGUCGCAGCUCGGGCGGAGCGGGGCAGUGAUGCACUAAAAACGCUGGCGGACGAGUGGGUGAAGGCCUGUAUGGUAGAUCUGGAUAGGAGUCAGAAGCUGAAGGACAUGGAGCGGGAGAUGAUGGCUUCGGAGCAAGAGGUGAAGGACAUGGAAGAAGAGGAGGAGGCCCUCAAGAGGCAUCAGCUGCAGCAGCAGCAGCAGCAAGGCCAGUAAUGUUGGGCCUCUUCUCGUAAUGAUCGCCACAUUUGCAGCAGUCCUCGAAUAAAUAAACACGGGAUGUUGAACGUUGGGCUUGUUGCUCCACUAAUGGGAAUGUCUUCCCCCCCUUCUUGUUGCAUGGCCUGGAGGAAAGGGUUGUUCACCCUGCACUGAAAUGGAGCUGGCUGACCCACAUACGUUUGGAAUUGGCAUGUUGGAGGUGCAGUGCGGCGGAUUAGAUGUGUCAAGUGGACAUGAAGUAAUGCCGCGGAGCUGUCAGAGCCUGCACCCGUGCCAUGUCUCUACAUGUGUGUGUGGUCGCAUGGCAGUUUGAGGACUGUUGCCUCAGCCUGUAGUGCUGACUUCACUGGCUGGGCUUCCUGCCGCCCCUUGCUGCUGGCCGUGCCACUUUGGAGUGGCCAUCGGUGAGGCACUCCUGAUGGACCGAUUCUGCCGCCUUAUUGCCGUUAUUAGCACAAAGGCGGGAAAUUGCUGGUUCUGGACUGGAUGCAUCCCAUCCAUCCUCAAUCAACCAAUCACACCCACAACCGGAUCUGAACAGUUACACUACGAAUAAUAGCUCGGCUGAGC